AUGGCAUUAGCUUCAAUGUUCCUACAUGCGUUUUCUGACAUGUCACCUUUUUCAGCUGGUAUGGUUGUCGAUUAUUGAAGUAAACUUACAAUUGAUUACUCUCACUAACACAUGAUUUAAAACAACCUUCACAUAGAACUCAAGCCUGCAGUGAAUGAGCAAGAAAAAAAGAAGAAGGGCAAUCAUUACCACACUAGAUUCUACAUACCUGUGUCGUCAACGGCGGAAGAAGGUAUUUCCUUGUCAUAUUCCACCCAUACUGUACUCUACUCCGAGGACUCGUAUGAGAAUGCUAAAGGGAAAAUCUACCCAAAGAUUAUCGCACAGGCUCUUCACUAG